CCUCACCCCACCUACCUCCCGCCCCACCCAGUGGGCACAGCGAGGCAGCCAGCGGCUGCGCACUCCAGCACCCGCUAACUGACAGGCGCUUCACUCCAACCACAACACGCCAUUUGUGUUUUUACACACGGCGGGAGGAGAAAAGGCCAAUCAGCGACGAGACGUGAACCGGAAGCGCUCCUCCGCCCCCCGUGGGAGCCAUGGCCGCGUCCGGUGGAGAUUUUUCCGCUCCCUCCUCCCUCCCCCUCCGGUUGCUGCAGGGCGGACCGUAGUCCUGACCACCACCCGCUUGCCCCUUCCCGCGUACGACUCGUACCCAGCUGUUCCCCAAAGCGGUUCCACCACCCUCGAGGGCUCACCGCAACCGCCCGUCCCCGCGAACGCGCCGAGCCACCCUCCCGCCAGAGUCCCGAUCCCCUACCUAGCCGAGGCUCUCUGAGGAGCCGGAGCCCCAGAGCACAGCCUCUUCUUUAGGCAGCCCCCGGCAGCUCCCGCUGAUUGGCGGCGAGCUGGCCAAUAAGUGUGGGGCGGUGGGCGGAGAGGCCAAUGGCGCGGCGGGAGGGGGCGUGUCCCGCGUGCCCCUGGCGCCGGCACUGGGAAUCCCCGUGCGGUCAGUGGCGUUUCCGCUCGGGCAGCGGGCUGAGUGAGCUGCCGCUGCCGCCGCCGCUGCCGCCGCCGGGGGAGGGGCGGCCGCCGCCCGCCUGCGCUCAGAGACUCACGCAGCCCUAGUCCCGCCAGUCCGCCAACACAGUAGUGCCGGCCCCCCUCCGCCCCUGGCCCUCCCCCUCCCCGCCUUGGGCUCGCUCCGCCUUUCUGCCCCCCACCCCCACCUCACGGGUACGGGCCAUUCCCGGCCAGGAAACGCCGUGGCGCCGCGUUGGGCCUAACUCGAGUCUCGCUGCCUCCCGGGAGUGCCGUGCGCCGCAGCCCGGGCCCAGGCCCCGGCAGCGCCUGGGUCAAGGAUUCCUCAUGUCCGUAACAUGUUGGCUGAGGCUCUGCAGCUCACCCCCACUCUUUGAGUGGUCAGUCUCCAUUAAUUGGACCCCGUGAUUUCCACCCUCUGCUGUCUUGGACGUCAUGAGCAUUGCAAUCCCUCUGGGAGUCACCACACCAGAUACAUCCUACUCAGAUAUGGCUGCUGGAUCAGACUAAGAGCAGCAUUAGGAAUUCAGAAUUUGUCGAAAAGCCCAAUCCCUAAAAUAGACUCAGUUCUUGGAGAAUUUAAAUGCCAAAUGACAAUGAAGAAAGGAAGUGGAAGCCCCCUACCUUUCAAGACGAAGUGGCACUACACCAGGAUGUGAAAGUCCAGCGAAAGAGACCCAAGGGGCCUAGGGGGCAGCACACCCCCAGAAGCCAAGUCUAUUCCAGGCAGUACCAGGGAUUAGGGUCUGGGCUGGAAAAAUCCUGGUGUUUUGAAUAUGUUCAGGUCCAGUUCAGACUCUUGAUCCCACAGCCACUUCUUGAGUGAGGGUAUCCUGUCUUGGUAGUGAAUGGAAGAGGGCCUGGUCCCUGGGGCAGUGCAGAAGGCACUUUCAUCAUCUCACUCACUGCAAAUGUCAUGUGAGGUUUCAUGGAAGUAUUAAGAGAUCCAAUUAAGAAGAAUAGUUCUGAGUCUAAACCAGCCCAGAGUGGCUUCUCUAGGGGAAACUCCCCGCUCUGCUGCCCUGAAUCUGUGGAGGCUAGUCCAGCAGUUAAUGAGAAGAGCGUGUAUUCCACUCAUAAUUAUGGGACCACUCAGAGGCAUGGGUGUCGAGGACUGCCUUAUGCUGAUCAUAAUUACGGAGCCCCUCCUCCUCCGACACCUCCUGCUUCUCCCCCUGUCCAGACGAUCAUCCCUCGUUCUGACCUGAAUGGCCUGCCGUCGCCCGUAGAGGAACGCUGUGGAGACAGCCCGAACUCUGAAGGAGAGACUGUUCCUACCUGGUGUCCUUGUGGUCUUUCUCAGGAUGGCUUCCUUCUCAACUGUGACAAGUGCAGGGGAAUGAGCAGGGGGAAGGUUAUUAGACUUCAUCGGCGGAAGCAGGACAACAUAUCAGGUGGGGAUAGCAGUGCAACAGAAAGCUGGGAUGAGGAGCUUUCUCCUUCCACUGUGUUGUACACAGCAACACAGCACACACCUACAAGCAUCACCUUAACUGUUAGAAGAACCAAACCCAAGAAGCGGAAAAAGAGUCCAGAAAAGGGUCGUGCAGCACCAAAGACGAAGAAGAUUAAGAAUUCUCCCUCUGAAGCACAGAAUUUAGAUGAAAAUACCACUGAGGGCUGGGAAAAUCGGAUAAGACUAUGGACUGAUGAGUAUGAAGAAGCUUUCACUAAUCAGUACAGUGCGGAUGUACAGAAUGCCCUUGAGCAACAUCUACAUUCUAACAAGGAAUUUGUGGGCAAACCUGCUGUUUUAGACACUAUAAAUAAGACUGAACUGGCCUGUAAUAAUACAGUAAUUGGUUCCCAAAUGCAGUUACAGCUGGGGAGAGUCACUCGUGUUCAAAAGCACCGGAAAAUCCUGAGGGCUGCAAGAGAUUUGGCUUUAGACACUCUCAUAAUAGAAUAUCGUGGGAAAGUCAUGUUACGACAACAAUUUGAGGUCAAUGGGCAUUUCUUCAAAAAACCAUAUCCCUUUGUGCUCUUCUACUCAAAAUUCAAUGGUGUAGAGAUGUGUGUGGAUGCUCGUACUUUCGGUAAUGAUGCUCGGUUCAUCAGAAGAUCAUGUACACCAAAUGCAGAGGUGAGACACAUGAUUGCAGAUGGGAUGAUUCACCUGUGUAUCUAUGCUGUAUCGGCGAUCACCAAGGAUGCUGAAGUCACCAUUGCAUUUGAUUAUGAAUAUAGUAACUGUAAUUACAAAGUGGACUGUGCGUGUCACAAGGGAAACCGGAACUGCCCUAUACAGAAAAGAAAUCCCAAUGCUGCAGAAUUGCCGCUCCCACCGCCUCCUAGCUUUCCCACCAUUGGAGCAGAAACCAGACGUAGAAAGGCACGGCGGAAAGAGCUGGAAAUGGAGCAACAAAAUGAGGCUCCAGAAGAGAAUCAUAACCCACAACCACAAGAAGUUCCAGAAAAAGUAACUGUUUCCAGUGAGCAUGAGGAAGUUGACAAUCCAGAAGAAAAACCUGAAGAAGAAGAAGAGGAAGAGGAAGAAGAAAAAGAUGAGGCUACAGAUGACCAGGAGAACCCAGCUCAUAGCAGGAGGACUCGGGAAGAUAGGAAAGUUGAAGCCAUCAUGCAUGCCUUUGAAAAUUUAGAAAAAAGAAAGAAACGGCGGGAUCAGCCUGUAGAUCAGAGCAACUCAGACAUAGAGAUUACUACCAGCAGUUCAGAGACAGCCAUUGUGGAAGAGACAAAAGCUGCAACUCCUGAGUCUGAAGUCAGCAACCCCAUCUCAACUAUUGCCAUCCCAAGCACCCCACCGAGCACUGGUGUGAAUACAAGGAGGUCUUCCCACACUGGGGAUGUAGCUGCAGAGAAACCAAUCCCCAAACCACCUCCAGCUAAGCCUUCUAGACCCCGACCCAAGAGUCGGAUUUCUCGGUACCGGACCAGUUCAGCCCAAAGACUAAAACGCCAGAAGCAGGCCAAUGCACAACAGGCAGAGCUUUCACAAGCUGCCUUGGAUGAAGGAGGAAGUAACAACUUAGUAACUCCUCCUGAAGCUGGAAAUAUAGACAGUUCAGGAGAGAACAGACAGUUGACGGGGUCUGACCCAACUGUGGUAUCAGCUACUGGAUCGCAUGUCAUCCGUGCUGCAUCUAAAUACCCCAAAACCAAAAAGUAUCUAGUUACAGAAUGGUUGAAUGACAAAGCAGAGAAGCAAGAGUGUCCUGUUGAGUGUCCUUUACGUAUCACCACUGACCCAACUGUGUUGGCAACAACCCUGAACAUGCUACCGGGUCUUAUUCAUUCCCCAUUAAUUUGUACCACCCCCAAACACUACAUUCGCUUUGGCUCACCCUUUAUGCCUGAGAGGCGUCGAAGGCCCCUUCUGCCUGAUGGCACAUUCAGCUCCUGUAAAAAGCGCUGGAUAAAGCAAGCCUUGGAAGAAGGGAUGACUCAGACAUCAUCUGUGCCCCAAGAGACUAGAACACAGCACCUAUACCAAAGUAAUGAGAAUAGUAAUUCUUCUAGUAUCUGUAAAGACAAUGCAGACUUAUUGAGCCCAUUAAAGAAAUGGAAGUCUCGCUAUCUGAUGGAGCAGAAUAUCACCAAGUUGCUUCGGCCUCUGUCUCCAGUUACACCACCCCCUUCCAGCUCAGGCUCAAAGAGUCCCCAGCUGUCCACACCUGGCCAGACUCACCCAGGAGAAGAGGAGUGUCGAAAUGGAUACAGCCUCAUGUUCUCGCCAAUCACAUCUCUUACUACUGCUAGUCGCUCCAACACUCCUCUGCAGUUCGAGCUUUGCCACCGAAAAGACCUGGAUUUGUCAAAAGUGGGAUACCCAGACUCUAGCACUCACAGCUGUGCUGAUAGACCUUCCCUGCUCAACUGCAGUCAUCCUGACCUGGCUUCUCAUCCCUCUGUCGCUCCAACCUCAGAGGCUGGCUUCCCCAGCAGGAGUGGAGAUGGCUCUCAGACCUUGCUGAGAAAUUCAGACCAGGCGUUUAGGACAGAGUUCAACUUGAUGUACGCCUAUUCCCCUUUGAACGCUAUGCCUCGAGCAGAUGGACUGUAUAGAGGGUCCCCCUUGGUGGGGGACAGGAAGCCUUUGCAUUUAGAUGGAGGAUAUUGUUCCCCUGCAGAAGGCUUUUCCAGCAGAUAUGAACAUGGCUUUAUGAAAGACCUCUCUCGUGGCUCCAUGUCACCUGGUGGUGAAAGGGCCUGUGACGGAGUCCCAUCUGCUCCUCAGAACCCACCACAAAGGAAAAAAGUAUCCUUGCUAGAGUACCGCAAACGGAAACAAGAAGCCAAGGAGAAUUCUGGUGGGGGAAGUGACUCUUCACAGAGCAAAAGCAAGUCUGCAGGAGCUGGGCAAGGCAGCAGUAACUCUGUUUCUGAUGCUGCUGCCCAUGGUGUGCAGGGAUCCUCAGCCCGGACCCCCUCGUCCCCUCACAAAAAAUUCUCCCCAUCUCAUUCCUCCACAUCACAUUUGGAGGCGGUAAGCCCAUCAGAUUCCAGGGGCACUUCCUCCUCUCACUGCAGACCUCAAGAAAACAUCAGCAGUAGGUGGAUGGUUCCUACAUCUGUUGAACGACUCCGAGAAGGAGGAAGCAUCCCUAAGGUUCUCCGAAGCAGUGUGAGAGUGGCCCAAAAGGGAGAGCCCUCCCCGACAUGGGAGAGCAACAUGACAGAGAAAGAGUCAGACCCUGCAGAUGGAGAAGGCCCAGAGCCGUUGAGCUCAGCACUCUCUAAAGGAGCAACUGUUUACAGCCCUUCCAGAUACAGCUACCAGCUCCUCCAGUGUGACAGUCCACGGACAGAAUCACAAAGCCUCCUUCAGCAGAGUUCGUCCCCCUUUAGAGGACAUCCCACCCAGUCUCCAGGAUACAGUUAUCGAACUACUGCACUGAGACCUGGAAACCCCCCCUCUCACGGUUCUUCAGAAUCAUCCCUCUCUUCCACAUCCUACCCCAGCCCUGCCCACCCUGUGUCCACAGACUCGUUGGCCCCAUUUACGGGGACUGCAGGGUAUUACAGCAGCCAGCCGCAUUCUGGAAACAGCACUGGCAGCAAUCUUCCGAGGAGGAGCUGUUCUUCGAGUGCUGCUAGCCCUACCCCACAGGGCCCCUCAGACUCACCAACCUCAGACUCGGUUUCUCAGCCCAGCACAGGAACGCUGAGUUCCACCUCCUUUCCUCAGAACUCUAGGUCGUCAUUGCCAUCAGACUUACGGACUAUCAGUCUGCCCAGUGCUGGGCAGUCAGCUGCCUACCAGGCCUCCAGGGUAUCUGCGGUUUCCAAUUCACAGCACUACCCACAUCGUGGGAGUGGGAGUGUACACCAGUACCGACUCCAGCCACUGCAAGGGUCAGGAGUCAAGACUCAGACAGGACUUUCCUAGGGCUUCUGGAUAUGGGCAAACUGAACUUGAUGAGCCCAUAGCUGCUUCCUUCCAGCUGCCUCUGGAACCAAGGCCGAGCAUAUUGCUGGGGAAGAGGGGUACAAGGUGCCAGAGGAAUGGGUCUGGUCAGCAAGAAAUGAGACUUGUGGUCGUGACUGGCCUCCGGCCUUGGAGAAAGAUGUAAAUCUUGUCUGAAGCAGAGACUAUAAAGAAGUUUCUCCCUGCUGUUAAGGGUACAUUGUUAACAAGCAAAUGGUGUUUCGGUUAGUAACGGUUCUAAGUGCAAUGACUUGUGUUGAAGCCUAUGUCUCCCAUCCUUGCCUGUAGCCUGUAGUCACUUGUGCAGUAAGGACAUCUUUUUCAAUAAAAAAAAAAAAUUUUUUUUUUUCUUUUCAAAAGAAAAA